AUGUCCGCUGACAACUCUGAAACGAUCACCCUCGAUGACGCAGAUGUCGAAAAGCGCGCACAGGCACAGGCGCUUCCCAAGGACUCCGAGGACGCUGCAGACGGCAGCAUCGCAGCGGACGCAUACCAGGUCCAGCUCGAGCCGGAGGACGACCCGAAGAGUCUGAGCGCAUGGCACAAGUGGCUCGCGGUGCUCGUCAUCAGCUCGUCCUCGCUGUGCGCGACGUUCGCGAGUUCAGUGGCCUCUUUUACAGAGACGGGGCUCGCGCGCGACUUGCACACCUCGCAUGAAGUCACCAUCCUGAGCAUCAGCUUGUAUGUUCUCGGGCUGGGCAUCGGCCCUAUGUUCGUGGGACCGCUCUCGGAGUUGUACGGACGGAACAUCAUCUACCGCACCUCGUACUUGCUCUUCUUCGCGUUCACAUGGCCAACGGCGUUCCCUCCAGAUAUAGCUACCUUCCUAGUCUUCCGGUUCAUUACUGGCUUGUGUGGAGCUGCAUUCUUGAGCGUGGCGGGAGGAAGUGUCAGUGAUUUAUUCGACAACGCGAAUGUCGCAAGUCCCAUGGCCGUGUACACAAUAUCGCCUUUUAUUGGCCCAGUGGUAGGCCCGCUCGUCGGAGGGUAUAACACGGAUUGGCGGUGGUGUUACCGCUUGCUCCUCAUUUGGCAGUUCGUCCAGACAGUUCUGCUAUUUACAUGCGUCCCUGAGACAUAUGUGCCGGUAAUCCUUAAGCGCAAGGCAAAAAACCUACGGAAGUCAACUGGCGAUAAAAAGUACUACGCGCCGCUUGAACAGCAGGAGUUCAGUCUAUUCCACAUGAUCCUGUUCAGUUGCCUCACGCCGUUUAAGCUAAUCGCAUAUGACCGCAUGGCGCUUGCCUUGGAUCUGUGGUCUGCGCUGGUGUUGGGUAUUCUGUACCUCGCCUUCCAGGCAUUCCCCAUCAUCUUCGAGGACGUACAUGGCUUCAACGUUCAACAGACGGGUCUGUCAUUCCUGGGUAUCGGCAUCGGCAUGUUCGCUGCCCUCGGCACUCAGCCAUACUGGAAUGGACUCUUCGCCCGCCAAACAAUUCAGUACAAGGGCAACGCGCCCCCCGAGGUGCGCCUCAUUAUCGCAAAAGUCGGCGCGAUUAUCGCCCCACUAGGUCUCUUCAUCCUCGCGUUCACGACGUACAAACAAGUACACUGGAUCGGGCCCAUCAUCGGCUCCGUCCCCUUCGGCGCAGGCGUGUACUUCAUCUUCACGGGCGUGUUCACGUACCUCGUGACCGCGUACCGGCCCAUCGCCGCGUCCGCGAUGGCGGCGAACAGCGCGCUGCGCUCGUCGUUCGCGGCCGUGUUCCCGCUGUUUGCGGGGGCGAUGUACACGAGGCUGGGGACGGUUGGGGCGACGGCGCUCCUUGCUGGGCUGUUGACGCUCAUGGCGCCAUUACCGUUUAUCUUCUACAGGAUCGGCGCGAGGUUGCGCGCGAACUCGCGAUUCGCGGCCGAUUAA